AUGAACGAAGACCUCGAAAAUGAAAUUGAGGCGAUCAACUCCAUAUAUGGUGAUGAUACGCUAGUGGCGGUGGACCAAGGCGUCUAUGUCUUGAAUCUGCCUAAGCAAGACACCUCGUUUAGGGUCCAAUUCCCUGAAGAUUACCCAGAUGCGCCACUAACCAUUUUGGGGACCCAGAAGUCGGGGGAGAAUGCUAGAAAGGGACAAGCUGCCUACGUUCUCGAUGUAUUCCGAGAUGCAGUGGGGAGAUUGUUCCAGCCCGGCGAGGUUUGCCUUUACGAUGUUAUUGAGGACGUAAUAUCAUGUCUUGAGUCCGCCAAUGAGGAGGAGCUUCAUGAAGCGGUUGACGACCUUAGUCUCGGUGAUACCCCUGAACCGCCAGUUGACGCCACCGGAGAUGAAGCGCCCCCUUGGACGGUAUCAGAUGUCGUGGUGGAGCUCAAAUCUGUCUUUGUUGCACGAUGCGCACCAGUCAGAUCACCUGACCAAGCAAAGCAAUACCUCCAGCAUCUACUUGAUUCAGACAAAAAGGUUGCAAAGGCGACCCACAACAUUACUGCACACCGAAUCAAAGGAGAUAAUGGCGCCACGUACCAAGACUGCGACGACGAUGGAGAAAGUGCUGCAGGAGGCCGGCUGCUCCAUCUGAUGCAACUCAUGGACCUAUGGAAUGUCACCGUUGUCGUGACACGUUGGUACGGGGGACAAAAACUCGGCCCGGCUAGAUUUGGCAUAAUUAACACUGUUGCUCGAGAUGCAUUUGUGAAAGGCGGCUUCGUGCAUGAACAGGAACCAACGUCGGGCAAGAAGAGGGGAAAGCGAUGA